CCCGGCGGGCUUUGCGCGGCGCCACACAACAAAGAUGGCGGCGGCCGCUGGCCCGUGGCUGUAGGGCCGGGCUGGGCGCGACUCUUCUGCCUUCACAAUGUUUGGGGACUUAUUUGAAGAGGAUUUUUCCUUUAUUUCCAACAAUCAUUAUGGGAAAGGGAAGAAAUCAAAGCCCAGAGUGUCUGAGCCUCCAGCUCCCAGGGAUUUCACCAACCUCAGUGGAAUCAAAAAUCAGGGUGGGACCUGCUACCUCAAUUCCCUUCUGCAGACUCUGCUUUUCACGCCUGAAUUUAGAGAGGCUUUGUUCUCCCUGGGACCUGAAGAACUUGGCACUCUGGAUGACACCAGGAAACCAGAUGCAAAGGUUCGGAUCAUCCCGCUGCAGCUGCAGCGCUUGUUUGCUCAGCUCCUGCUCCUGGACCAGCAGGCUGCAUCCACCACAGACCUCACCGAGAGCUUCGGCUGGAGCGGCCACGAGGAGAUGAGGCAGCAUGAUGUGCAGGAAUUGAACAGGAUCCUCUUCAGUGCUCUGGAGACUUCCCUGGUGGGGACAUCAGGCCAUGACCUCAUCAACCGCCUGUACCAUGGCAUUGUUGUCAACCAGAUCGUCUGUAAGGAGUGCAAGAACGUCAGUGAGAGACAGGAAGAUUUCUUAGACCUCACAGUGGCAGUGAAAGGUGUGGCUGGCUUGGAGGAGGCCCUGUGGAACAUGUACGUGGAGGAAGAAUACUUUGAGAAUGACAACUUGUAUCGAUGUGGAGCCUGCGAUAAACUGGUUGAAGCUUCAAAGUCUGCUAAGCUACGCAAGCUGCCUCCCUUCCUCACCAUUUCCCUCCUGAGGUUCAACUUUGACUUUGAGAAGUGUGAGAGGUACAAGGAAACGAGCUGCUACACAUUCCCCAUCCAAAUCAACCUGAGGCCUUUCUGUGAGCAGACUGAAAUGGAUGAUUCAGAGUACAUGUAUGAGCUCUUCUCUGUUAUUAUACACAAAGGUGGCUGCUAUGGAGGGCACUAUCAUGUUUAUAUCAGAGAUGUGGAUGAAUUAGGAAACUGGCAACUCCAAGAAGAAGAGGAUGGCCUGAUUGAAGAGAAGGAUUUAAGAGACACUGAGAAUGCCAAAGAAACAGAAAAUCCACUGGCAGUCUUAAAAGGGAUUUUAUCAGAGGAAGAAGCUAAACAAAUUCCCGUGGAUCAAUUAGGGCAGAAAUUACUGGAGAAGAAAGGGGUGUCCUGGAAUAAGAAAUACAGAAAACAAUAUGGGGCAUUACGAAAGUAUUUGCAGAAUCAUCCUCAGAUAUUCCAGCUGAGUCCUGAUGGAAAUAAGGUCGGCCUGAAGGAAACACACAAGCUCCUGUUCAAGCUGGAUUCUCAUGGACAAAAUCUCCAAAGCCCUUCCCAGAAGAAUGGUGUCCAGUGGAACUAUGAGAAAAGCCCCCCAAGGCCAAGGGCUGCUUCUGCUGGGUGCCACUGGUUUGAUCUGAAUGAUUCCAAAGUACAGCCCAUCAAGGAGAAGGAUAUUGAGAAGCAGUUUCAGGGUAAAGAGAGUGCCUACAUGCUGUUCUACAGAAAAGCUCAGCUGAAGAGGCCCCCUGAAGCAUGUGGAAAUCCAAGGUACCAAAUUCCUGAGCACCUGCUGAAUGAAAUGAAUGCUGCUAAUACAGAGCUGCAAAAAAAGAGAGCUGAAUGUGACUCGGCAAACAAUGGCAUUGAUUUACAUCUCCACCUGAGCUCCUGCUACAAGUUCCACAAUGGGGCUUUGCAUCCUUCACUUUCUUGCAAAGAGAGUGUAGUGGAUUUGACUAUUGACAGAAGGAAGACACUGGGAGACCUUCGUCAGGCAGUGUUACAGGUGUUGGAGUCUUGGGAAGGGGACAUGGUUCUCAGCAUGGCCAAGCCUUUGCCAGCAGGAUUACAUCUGUACCAGGUGCUUGAUGGAGAUGAGCUGACCCUGGAUGGCAUUGGGCUGGCUGAUGGAGCAGACAUCUUUGUCUGGAAUGGAAAAGAGGUUGGAGGCACAAAAGUGCUGACAGGCCCUGAACAUGAGCCCGUGGUGCUCAACGUGCUUCGCUUGGCCGAGCACAACGAAGGUGGCAAGGGGCAGCACUUCAGCGAGGUGCAGCACGUGUUCCCCUGCAGCACCAGCCUGGGGCAGCUGCACUCUGCCCUGGCUCCGGCCGGGGGCAUCAUCCUCAGGAAUGGCUCAGGAGCAGACACAGAAGCCAAGAACUGGCAAGUUUUCCAUGAGGAGGACAUGAAGGAAACAAUCCAAAGUGUUGGGCUCAGGGACGGGUGCUCUGUGCUGAUCUUAGACAGCCAUGACCAGAGCUUUGUCAACGUGGCAAGUGGGAAUUUGACUGCUUUCACCUAUGACAUCAGCUGGCUCCAAGUGAAAAAUUUCUGUGGGGUGGAAGAGGAGGCGAAACACGUUAAAAUCACUGCCACUAUUGAAACAGUGAUGUCAGAUAUCAAAAUGAAAGCAAUCCAGGAGUUUCAGCUGCAGGAGGAGCUGGGAAACAAGAGCUGUCUUAGACCUGUUAGUGGUAAUGGGAAACUUCUGUCUCCAGUGCCUGAGGAUUACACAGUCAAGGAAGCAGAACUUAAGAUGGGAAGCUUGCUUGGCCUGUGCCAUGGGAAAGCUCCAACUUCCACUCAGCUCUUCCUGUACUUCAUGGUUGGGAGUGACCAAAACUGCAGCCCUGAGAUGGAGAUAGUUGUGGAGGAGACUGCCUCUGUCAAAGAGUGUCUCAAUUUAAUGCUGGAGAAAUCAGGAUUAUCAGGUGACAACUGGCAUUUGAGAAGGCUUGACUGGUGCUACGAGGCAGGGGAAGCAUUAAGUCAGCAAAAUGCCACCCUGAAGGAACUCAAUGUUUGCAGAGGAGACACUUUGGUUAUAACUGAAGGAAAGCUUCCAGAAAAGGGUUUCCUGAAAAUCCCUAUCUGGUGGCUGAAGCCUUCAAGCCAUAAGAAACAUGGAGAGAAUGCACAAGACCAGGUGAAUGGGAUCACCCGGAAGAUGGAGGCUUUGCAGGUGUCUGCUGCAGCAGCUCCAGCAGAACCUACCCACCCAGGUUUGGAUCUCUGUUAUGCUGGCAGGAUAGAGAUAGCAGGAGAGGCCUCUCUGGAAGAUCUGAAGAUGCAGGUUCUGACCUUACCCUGCUGCCAGGAGCAGGUUGUGCCCCUGCCCUCAUUCCUCAGAGCUUGGACAGUGGACAGCAGACGCCCUGGGAAUCUCCUACGGGACAACAAGAGGACACUCAGUGACUACAGGCUGGGUGCCAGUGUGGAAAUCUGCAUAGAACCCUUGCAAGAAGAAGAGAAUUUGGGCCCCCACGAGCUGCUGCUGCGAGUCCAGAUGGGAAUACCAGGAGAGAGGGACUACUCCAGCUCCCGAGAUUUGGUGUGGGAUAUCUCCAAGGAAUGCACAGCCUGGGCUCUGAGGCAGAGAGUGGCUUCUCACUAUUGUCUCCCUGUAGAUAAAAUUGAAAUAGCCAAAUACUUCCCUGAGAGAUUUGAGUGGCUGCCAUUAUCUAGCUGGACACAGCAAAUCUCGAAGAGGAAAAGGCGGAAAAAGCAGGCAAGUUUGCAGUCAGCACCUUACCACCUGAAGGAUGGCGACAUCAUUGGGGUGAAGAACCUUCUCCUUGAUGACACCAAGGACUUCAGCACCGUCAGGGACGACAUUGGGAAAGAGAAGCAAAGGCAGCUGGCUCUGGAAAAGAGGAAAAGUCGGCAGGAGCGUGUCCAGGAUCCCCUUUUCCCUGACGAGAAGCUCCCCAUGAAGCCCCGCAAACCAGAAGUGGCUCUUUCCAUCAACGUGGGGGUUUUCAGAUAGCACCAGGAGCUGCUCUGCCCACACCACCCUGUACUAACCUGGCCUGCAGGGCCUCGGCUCCAGCAGCAAGAGGGGCUUUCCCAAAGUGUCUUCAAGGAUCCCUGAGGCACAAACUCUUGAUUUUCUUCUGCUCUCUCUUGGGGAAGUGCUUUAAGGUCCCUUUCUCAGUGUGGUACUUACUCUCAGGCUGAGUAAAUGCACUUUAUGGAGGAGGAAAACGAUUAAUAUAUUGUAUAACCCCUCAGUAACUCUUUUUUAACCACCCAAAAUGCUUUGUUGGGUCAGAUCUGACCUCCUGCUUCAUCACUACUGAGAUUUAAUGCAGUCAUAGUCAUCUCUUUUUAGAAUUUUUCCCUGGCUCUGGUCACUGAAGUUGCUGCUGAUACCAGUAUUUGCUUUACUCUCUUUAUCUCUAAACCUAAGUCUGUAGGAGGUAUAAGUCUGCUCAUUCAGCCUUAAGAAUAAAGGCAAUGUGGAAAUCUCUGAGCAAAGUGUAGGAAAUGGGCUGAAAAAGAACAAGUCCAGCAUCUGUCAAGAUGUAAAACCUGGAGACAUUUUGUGAUAUGGAACAACAGGGAUGUAAUCUUAGAUUUUGAAGUUUCUGGCUUCAGUUGUUGCCCAUAAACUUAAUUUAGCAUUUUCUAGGGCAUUUUUGUUGUCCCUGAAUUUCAUUAAGAUGGAAAACAGUUGGAAGAAAUUGACAGAUCCAAUGCUUGAUCUUCAGUGAGUUUUACUGUACUCAGGAAAAAGGCAUUUAUUUUCAGGGCUCCUCUUCAGAGGAAUUUCCCUCAUUUCUCAUCUUUCCAGCUGUUCUGAUACUCUCUUAUAUUGGAGAACCUGUUUCUCUUGGUGUCCUGAGCUGAUUUUGAGCAGCUCAGUGAGCUGGGCUCCAGGUCAAAGGCUCUGAAGUAUUAACUCCAAAGUGAGCCUGAUUAUCCUGAAUUAAAUCUGUGAUUAUGACAGGACAAAACACAAGUUUGCUUUUGGGGGUUGCAGUAAGUAUUUGACCUAUUUUCUGUAUGUAGUAGGAGCUGCCAGUUGAGCAGAUUUCCCAAAUUUUGGCUAAUGUAAGAUUUUUCAUGUACCUUUUAUAGGUUAACACUACUACAUUUGAGACAGCAUAAAGAUAAAAUCUGACACUUUGCUAGCAGCUAAAAAAAAAAAAAAGAAGUGAAAAGCACCAUAAAGCACACAAUUAUAUUAUUUUUUAUUUCUCUGCAUAUCUUUAGAAUUCAGCAGGUACUCCUGUGCUUUUUGGGGCUGAUACUCUGCAGAAGGGGCUGUUAACGUCCUCACUCACUUGGAUCCUGAAAUCCCAGUUUCAUGGAUACAUUUUCUGCCUGAGGGGAGGGCAGUGGAUGUUUUCCCAUCUUAAUUUGUGUCACCUUUUUUCCAUAUCAGGUGUUCUUGGGAGCCUGGGUUUACAGCAGGGGUCAGAGGUGCCGAUUCCAAAGGUUUGUGUUCCCACAUGGUUACAGUCCAUUGGAUUUAUUUGCUGUCACUUCAGUUCCUCCGGUUCCUGCUGGAGAGCUGGACUGAGCUCAGCCUUCCUCUCUUGAAUAACUCUGGUCUCUCCCUGAGAACACCAAGUUUAGAGAAAUCAAAAUGAAAAUUAGAAGAGGGAAUUUUGUGCCUUUGUUCAAGUGUAAUGUAGCAGCACCUGCACUGAACGAAUCUUGGAUUAUUUCUAAUGUUGGCUCAAAAUGAAUUUUUUUUUUUCUUCUUUGAAACUCUUGUGGGCCACUCCACAUUGGGAGUUAAUGGAAAACAGGGCUGGGGAGAGAAAGCACCUUUUGAAAAUGGAGUCUUUGGCUCUGUGGGUUCUGAUGGUUAUUUGCAAAGCCUUGAAGAGCUUUCAUCUUUAUUUUUCAAGUGUUCUUCACAAAAUUAAAUGUCAUUUUUAUCUGCCUA